AUGAUUCUGAAAAAGACCCCCUGGUUGUGGAACACAAGGCACUGCUGGUACAACUAUCCCUACCAGCCACUCACAACUGACCUUCACUACUAUUAUAUCCUGGAGCUGUCGUUUUAUUGGUCUUUAAUGUUUUCCCAGUUCACUGAUAUCAAAAGAAAGGACUUUGGCAUUAUGUUCCUGCAUCACCUUGUAACUAUUUGCUUGAUUACCUUUUCAUAUGUCAACAAUAUGGCCCGAGUAGGGACCCUGGUCCUCUGUCUUCACGAUUCAGCUGAUGCUCUUUUAGAGGCUGCCAAAAUGGCAAAUUAUGCCAAGUUUCAGAAAAUUUGUGAUCUCCUGUUUGUUAUGUUUGCCAUGGUUUUCAUCACCACACGAUUGGGUAUAUUUCCUCUCUGGGUGUUAAAUACCACAUUAUUUGAAAGUUGGGAGAUCGUUGGACCUUACCCUUCCUGGUGGGUUUUUAACCUGCUGCUGUUGCUAAUACAAGGCUUGAACUGCUUCUGGUCUUACCUGAUCGUAAAAAUAGCCUGCAAAGCUAUUUCAAAAGGCAAGGCUGGGAAGUGGAACCCUUUACAUGUGUCCAAGGAUGAUCGAAGUGAUAUUGAGUCUAGCUCAGAUGAGGAAGACUCGGAACCUCCAGGGAAGAACCUCCACACUGCGACCACCACUAAUGGGACCAGUGGUACCAACGGGUAUCUCCUGACCGGCCCUUGCUCCGCGGAUGAUUAAUUCCUCAAAACUAGAAGUCCCGAACAAAGUGAACUGUUUGUUCCUGGAAGUAUUUAAUGAGUUGCAAAUGCAGUUCCUUUCAUAAUAUCUCAGCACCAGAAACAAAAAUUAGGAUUGUCAAAGCAUUUUGAAUAGCGCACUGCCAUAUGUUCUGUCUGUGAAUGAAGAAGAAUUACCAUUCUCUAUAUGUAGGCAUGCUGUAUGUAAUUGACACAAGGGAACAGUAUUUGCAUUUGUACUGUCUUAGAAUAUUAUUUAUUUUUUGUAUUUGUUUGUAAAUCUGUGGACAAAAGAGGGUUUCCUCACUCCUUUUACUCUCUGGGUACAUAACAGUGAGGGAGAUGCUCUAUCUGCUUCUACUCUUUCCUAUUGCUGUAACUCAGUCUGCUAGGAGCAUCAGCUUAAUUGGUCUCUUAGAGCAAUCAAAACCCAGCACAAGAUUCUGAUGCAGCUCCCAAUGGGUUUGCUUUCUUUGUGUUAGUGCCCAUUAUGAAAUGGCCUAUACAGUCUCAGUCACCAUUCUCCCAGUAUAAAGUUUAAACAAGAUGAGCUAGGUUUUUUAAUUGUCACUCUUCAUGGUCAAUUAGCAGUUCACAUUAAAGAGUAUGGUUAUUGGAGGGCUUUUUAAAAACUGUUUUGUAUUAAAUUGCUUUGGAAUAGACUUCAUUUCUUGUGUACACAGCCAGGAUUUCUUCAAUGGGUGUGGUAGCUAGUUGGGAAUUAACCUUGUGGGUUACAGAGAUUUUUUUAUUCUCAAUUAUGAGGUCAGUGCUCUGGCUCUGAGAAAUACAUUUGCUUAAGGUCAUAGUUAUAAGCAAAAAAAAAAAAAUCACUCUUAAUAUUGGGAUUUUGCCCUGUGAUCUGAGAAAAUCAUAAAGAGAUCAGCUGAUUUCAACCAGAUUUUACCACUACCCCUGUAAUUAGCACAGUCUUCUAUCAUGUCUUGAAGAAAAGAAGCUAAGUAUAUUUUGGGACAGAAAAAAGAGACUUUCAAGAGUUGGCAAAGGUCACCUCUAGUGCAAAGCACUCUAUUGGAACCAGCUUUCAAGAAAGUGCCCUAUCUAGUAUUUGCUAUUGAUGUUUUUCUUUCUCUGAACAAAAUAAAGCCACUGGGAGAAAGACUAUUUUACCCUUUGCCU